CUCUCUAGUUUCCUGUAGAGAGCUUUAUAUACAAGCCUUACCUAGUUACCUGCUCAAGGUGAGGGGUCAAUGAAACAACAAAGCAAGAAAGCUCAAGAGAGAAAAAAAAGCAACAAAAAAUAAAAGCUAAAAAGCCUUAAAGCUUAAAGAAAGCUGAUUGCAGAAAGCAAGAGCUUUUCUUCACCUCUUUCUCUUUCUUUCUUUCUCUCUCUAUCCCAUAUUCUUUCUUCUAGGAGUAAAGCUGAAAAACCCACUAUUGCAACCUCACCAGCUGUACAGGUAGAGAGGUAGGGAUUGAUUGAUUGUGUGUGUAAAACUAUCCCCACCAUAUAGUCACAAAAAGCACCUAUAACAAAAACCCAAAUCCAUGUUUGACAACAGUGCUUCUUCUGGUGCUCCAUCAUCUUCCUCUGAAGCAUUUGCUUCCCUAGAAAAUGGUGUCACUAACAAAAGAAAAAGAAGACCUGCAGGCACACCAGAUCCAGAUGCUGAGGUUGUGUCUCUCUCUCCCAAAACCUUAUUGGAAUCAGACAGGUAUGUGUGUGAGAUCUGUAACCAAGGUUUCCAAAGGGACCAGAAUUUACAGAUGCAUAGGAGAAGGCACAAAGUGCCAUGGAAAUUGCUCAAGAGAGAGACACAAGAGGUGAAGAAGAGAGUGUUUGUGUGCCCAGAGCCUAGCUGCUUGCACCAUGACCCCUGUCAUGCCCUCGGUGAUCUUGUGGGAAUAAAGAAACAUUUCAGAAGGAAACAUAGCAAUCACAAGCAGUGGGUGUGUGAGAAAUGCUCCAAAGGCUAUGCUGUUCAAUCUGAUUACAAAGCCCAUCUCAAAACCUGUGGCACCAGAGGCCAUUCUUGUGACUGUGGCCGUGUCUUUUCCAGAGUUGAGAGUUUCAUUGAGCACCAAGACACUUGCAAUGUCCGGCAGUCUAGGCCUGAAAUACAGGUACUGCAACCAGCCUGCUCAUCUAGAACUGCUUCAAGCACAAGCCCAUCAAGUGAUAAUACCAACAAUUUUAGCAUAGCCCCAUUGCCUGGUUUGUCUACACCAAAGCCAACUGAACCUGUUUUCUUAACCUCUGAGCAAAACAAUGCUCCUUCCACUUCUAAGGCACAGCAACACAACUUGGAACUUCAACUCCUACCUUCAUCAAACGCCCUCUCGUUGAAACUCUCUAUAGGCUCAUCAUGUGAUGGUGGUGGGAGGAAUGAAUCAAAUAAGCCUAAUUUGGAUACAUGUAAGAGACCAAUUGGUGAAAACGGUGUGGUUAAUGAACAAACAUUGGAAGUGACAAGGUUGAAAGAUUUUGCAAGCGAGGAGCUAAAGUUGGCCAUGGCAGAAAAGGCCUACGCCGAGGAAGCUAGGCGAGAAGCGAAACGUCAAAUUGAGAUAGCUGAGCUUGACUUUGCAAAUGCCAAGAGGAUAAGGCAACAAGCGCAGUCUGACCUUGAAAAGGCUCAGGUUCUGAAGGAGCAAGCCAUCAAGAAGAUAAGCUCAACCAUGUUGCAAAUCACUUGCCAAGCUUGCAAGCAACAAUUCCAUGCAUCCACAGUUGUAUCACCAUCAGAUGAGAUCUCACUUGCUGUGAGUUACAUGUCCUCAGCUACAACAGAAGGGGAAGGAGAAUGAAUAUACAAAAUGACCAUGCAACCAUGUUAACAAUAAGCUAUUAUGUCUCUCUUUUUUUAAUUAACUCAAUAUUUUGUACUUAAAGGUGUCUCUUAAUCUUUUAUUCUUCAUUUCUAGAUGUUCUUUUUUCUCUCUGUAUCAAGUAGGUGUUUUUGAGUAUCUGACCAUUUCUCGGGUGUUGAUUAUUAACAUGAGUGUUGUAACCGGUUUUUGUAUAAUUUGAUACAUAUAUUCAUUUGUUUGAAAGAAAGACAGAUGAUAUUGUUUUGGGUUUUA